GUGACUUCCACUAAUUACUAUUUGACUGCAGUAGUAUAGUUGUGAAAGACAGAUGUGCAUUUAAAGGUUAGAAAUUAAUGUAAUUUCUUUAUUAAAGAAUCAAAUUACAAUGAGUUCUAAUGACUUUCAGAUCAGAUUAGUCAACAAUGAGAAGGGCAAGGGUCUUUUCGCUAUCCAUUCAUUUAAAGAUGGGGACACAAUUUUGGAAGAGAAACCUAUAAUUUGUUGUCAAUUCUCAUGGAAUUUAGAAUAUGGAUAUUUAGCUUGUGACAAUUGUUUAAAACCCUUAGAAACUGCUGAGGAGAAUGUACGUAGAUUGACUGGAAAUUCAACAAUUAUUUUACCUCAUCCAGAAUGCUGCGAAACAAAGAAAGAUUCAAUUACAGAAUGUCUUGAAUGUGGCACGAAGUAUUGUAGCAUUGAAUGCCAGAAUGAUGCUUAUUUAAGAUAUCAUAGUACAAUAUGUUUACACUCAAAAGAAAAGGAUGAGUUUCAUCCUUUGGUGCAAUUAAAUGAAACAUGGAAGCAAAUGCAUUAUCCACCAGAAUCAGCAACAGUGAUGCUAUUAGUUAAAAUGGUAGCUCUUGUUAAUCAAGCCAGUGAUAAAGAAGAAGUCCUUUCAACUUUCUCUCAAUUUUGUCAUCGUACAGUUAAUGAUACACAUGAAAUUGCACAUAAACUUUUAGGAGAAAAAUUUAUUGGUCAGAUUGAUGUACUCAGACAAAUGAUGCAAAAAGCUGUCAAUACAGAAUUUACAGAACAUUGGUUUACACCAGAAGGUUUUAAAAGUCUAUUAGCUUUAGUAGGUACAAAUGGCCAAGGAAUUGGAACUAGCGCAUUUAGUCGUUGGGUUAAAAAUGUAUUUGCUUUGGAAUUACCAAGAGAUGAAAGAAUUCAAGUUGAUAAAUUAAUAGAACAAAUUUAUGAUGAUAUGGAAGAAGCAGUGGCUUUCUUUUUGAAUAAUGAAGGUUCUGGUCUUUAUGUUCUUCAGUCAUCAAUAAAUCAUAGUUGCGUACCAAAUGCAGUUGUAGAAUUUCCUUACUCAAACAAUAUAUUGGUUCUGAAAGCUAUACGUGAUAUUCAUCCUGAAGAAGAAAUAUGCAUAAGCUAUCUUGAUGAAUGUUGUUUAGAAAGAAGUAGACAUUCUCGACAAAAAGCUUUAAGCUCUUUAUACUUAUUCCAUUGUUAUUGUAAUAAGUGCUUAUCACAAGCUGACGAUUUAGAUUUGACAUCAGAAGAUGAAUUAGAUGAUAAUGAUAUGUCCAGCUGAAAACAUAAAUUUUUAUAGUAUAUAUACACAUAAAUAAUUUUUUUAAUGUAAUAAUAUAUGUCAUAAUUAUUCAAUUUACCUGUAUUUAUAUAUGUAAUUUUAUCAUUGACUUGUGAUAUUGCUAAUUAGGUACAAAUAUUAAGUACAAAAUUAAUACAAAUUUUACAAAUAUAA